CACUCGAUGUCUCAUUCCACCACGAUCAAGCCUGCCGGGAGGGGGUAUCUGUUCAGCGGCUCCACAGCAAGCAUUUCAUCUGGAAACUUGAACGGAAUUUAUAUUUAUAACUAACACCGUCGUUUUAUUUAUUUAAAGUAAACGUCAUCGUCUUUAUAAGUCUGUAUACGUCACUGAAAGUCGUUAUUUGUACAGAAAAGGAAGUUAACGUAAGAGCAAAGCAGGGCCGAGCUAACAAAGAAAAUCCUUUCUCUUCAGAAAUAAUCCCCCACUUCUCUCUUUAGUUAUGAGUCAUGUGGUCGUUGAUAAUCCACACGGUCUAGAUCAGCAGCUUGCUGCCCUAGACUUGAACUCUGCUGACGGACAAGGCGGAGGAACUGGCAGGCGUUACAUUCCACCACAUCUGAGAAACAAGGAUGCUUCUAAAAAUGCAGGAAAUGCUUAUUCCGCUGCUAGACAGUGCGGUUAUACAGUGGCACCAGUAAAUCUCUUUUCUUCUAAACAGUACCCACAACCAUGGCAGGCAGAGUGUCAGCCAAGACAAAGCAAUAACUAUACUUCAGGAUGGGAUGACUGUGCGAUCGGUUACCCAAGACUGGCCUCUCAAGAGCUUGCCUUUUACCAUGCCUACAAUGGGGGUUGGCGAAACAGAAGUGCCGCGUCCUCUGCCUGCACUGAUAACUGUGUGGCCACCAAUGGGAACGAUGACACAGCCAGCGUACGCAGCUGGGCAGACCAUUGUGAUUCACCUGGAUGGGACGCCGGACGCAGCAAUGGAUUUGUGAAUGGUUACCAUGACAACCGCACAAAUGGGGGCUUUGGAGGCCGAGGACCCCCUCGCAAUGAUAGAGGUGGGCGAGGCGCCUACCGUGGUAACAGGGGUGGAGGCUCGUUUAAUCAACCAUUACAGAAUGCAGGGUUUGGUAAUUAUGAAAACAAAGAUGGCAACUGGGGAGGCCCUCCCAGGGAUGCUACCUACAACAGCUUUGGAGGACGUAAUGAUCGGUCCAAGACCGGCUUCUUCAAUGACCGUGGGGCAGGGUCAAGGGGAAGAUAUGAGCGUGGGGGCUUUUCUAGUGGAGGAAACACUCGCUGGGUGGAGGACGUCAGAGAAGAGGACUGGUCCAAGCCAACUGCUCCCAACGAGCGUCUGGAACACGAGCUUUUCUCUGGAAGCAACACUGGGAUAAACUUUGAGAAAUACGAUGAUAUUCCCGUGGAGGCCACUGGAAGCAAUUGCCCUCCCCACAUUGAAAGCUUCCAUGACGUGGACAUGGGGGAGAUCAUCAUGGGGAACAUUACUUUGAGUCGUUACACUCGCCCCACUCCAGUGCAGAAGCAUGCGAUCCCCAUCAUCAAGUCCAAGAGAGAUCUGAUGGCCUGUGCCCAGACAGGCUCUGGUAAGACUGCUGCCUUUCUCCUGCCAGUGCUGAGUCAGAUCUAUACUGACGGACCAGGAGAUGCUCUGCAGGGCCCCAAGAACGCUGCACAGGAGAAUGGAAGGUAUGGCCGCCGUAAGCAGUACCCCAUCUCUCUGGUCCUGGCUCCAACCAGAGAACUGGCUCUGCAGAUCUAUGAUGAAGCCAGAAAGUUUGCCUAUCGCUCCCGGGUGCGUCCCUGUGUGGUGUACGGAGGAGCUGACAUUGGACAGCAGAUCAGGGACUUGGAGAGAGGCUGCCACCUGCUGGUUGCCACGCCUGGACGUCUGGUUGAUAUGAUGGAAAGAGGCAAGAUUGGCCUGGACUAUUGCAACUACCUGGUCCUGGAUGAGGCUGAUCGUAUGUUGGACAUGGGUUUUGAGCCCCAGAUCCGACGCAUUGUGGAGCAGGACACCAUGCCACCUAAAGGCAUCCGUCAGACUAUGAUGUUCAGUGCCACCUUCCCCAAGGAGAUCCAGAUUCUGGCUCGUGACUUCCUGGAGGACUACAUUUUCCUGGCGGUGGGCCGUGUCGGUUCCACCUCAGAGAACAUCACCCAGAAGGUGGUGUGGGUGGAGGAGACUGAUAAGAGGUCCUUCCUCCUUGAUCUGCUGAACGCCACAGUUAUUCCCAGUGAGGUUCAGGAAAAUGUGACAGAGGCCCCGGAGAAGCCGGGCAAAGACUCGCUGACUCUCGUGUUUGUGGAAACCAAGAAGGGAGCUGAUGCUCUGGAGGACUUCCUGUACCACGAGGGUUAUGCCUGCACCAGCAUCCACGGAGACCGAUCCCAGAGAGACCGAGAGGAGGCUCUGCACCAGUUCAGGUCUGGACGCUGCCCCAUCCUGGUGGCCACAGCUGUGGCUGCUCGAGGUCUGGACAUCUCCAACGUGAAGCACGUCAUUAACUUUGAUCUGCCCAGUGACAUUGAGGAGUACGUUCACCGUAUCGGCCGUACGGGGCGUGUGGGCAACCUUGGUUUGGCCACGUCGUUCUUUAACGACAAAAACAGCAACAUAACCAAAGAUUUGCUGGACAUCCUGGUGGAGGCCAAGCAGGAGGUUCCCUCCUGGCUUGAGAGCCUGGCCUAUGAGCACCAGCACAAGAGCAGCAACCGCGGACGCUCCAAGAGGUUCUCUGGCGGAUUCGGAGCCAGAGAUUACCGUCAGACGUCCGGGGGUGGAGGAAGCUUCAGCAGCAACCGUGGAGGACGAAACACUGGAGGCCAUGGAGGAAACCGCGGCUUUGGUGGAGGUGGCUUUGGCGGCAACUUCUACAGCAACGAUGGCUACGGAGGAAACUACAGCCACUCUGGUAGUGUGGAUUGGUGGGGCAACUAGUCACCAUAGGAAUAGGUUGCCCAGCCAACCAAGCCCAAUGGAAACCACAUGUUAACUUAAGCCAGACCAUACCAAACCCUCCCUGUGUAGCUUCACUGACACACAGUACAUUACCAACCCUGGUUCUCUGCCAUUCGCUUCUCUCUCCAAGAAGUGCAGCACGACGCGAAGGAAAGUCACCACCAGCAGCAGCGGCAGCAGCAGCACGUGCACACGCACACGCCGAGAGCGCAGAGACUCGCACACCUCAGAGUGAGCAUGGAUGCUGACAUGCAUUGUCCGAUAGCAACUUCGGACUUUCAUUGUUCAAAGUAUUUUUGUUCUUUUUGUGGAAAAAACCCAAUCGAAUAACCUGAGGAUCAUUUGUAUGUUAAUGUACUGUGCCUUUGGAUUAAAACAGGAAAUCUAUGUUUUCAUUUCACCAGACGAACAUGGCCAAGAGCUCUAAAAAUUUGAUUUGACAAUUCUUUUGUUUGGUGAAACUAUUAGGAAGUUAAACUAAGCUUGGACUUGAACAAACCUUGGCAAACACUGAGGUAUUGUGGCUCUGAGCCAUGAUUCCAUUUGAACUUCAAAUUUAUCGCAGGAACAUCAUGUAGCCUUUUGUAGUGGAACAGCUAAUGGAGCAUUUCUCCAUCGAAUCAAACUGGGCCACUCUGCGAAGCAACUGUAUUUGAGCCCUCCAAAGGGACAAAGUUACAUUUGUGUUUCUUUUUUCUUUUGUUUUGCUCACUCUAUCCUGGACAGGCUCCUUUAAACGGGUGUGACAGUCAUUCCUAUCCAAAUCUUAAACACGGAAGUCGUUAAAGUUCGGCGCCAGCAAGCGCUGAUGUUUAAACCUGCUGGAAACUUGUUACUCCACAUUUUUCAAUUGACUCGACAGUGUUACGGCAGCUAGUAUGUGACCGAGUGCUAGCUACACUAAGCGGGCGGUGUUUUUUGUUUCUUUUUACUUGAGACAUUUUUGGUGCCGGCAUGUGCAAAAUUGAAAAACCGGGUUGGUUUUUCGAUUUUUUUUUUUUCCGAGUAGUUUAUCUACAAAUAUGUAUCAAACAAAAAAUGCCUGCCAUCUUGAUGUGAAGUUCAAAAUGGCUGCAUAAAGGACCACAGCAUCGGGGGGGCACAGCGUGGUGUUAGUGUUUAACCAUGAGGCCCAGAUGGUAUUCUACGCUGCAAGUGUUUUGUUUUUUGGUCAAGGAAGGAAAGACACGAGAACUGAGUCGCAGGCUUAACUUAAUUACCAAACGUUUUCUCUUUUCAAGCUGCGUUGGAGGCACGGUUCAUCUUAAAGGAGAGACGGGCAUUUCUGAUGAUCACUGAGGUUCAAACAGCCGGGAGCCGGGCGCUCGGCAGCACUCCCAACACUCGGGGGCA